GCGGACGCGGGAACUGGCCGCAGUCUGCGCGGUCUCGGCUUUCGGAGCGUGGGACGCGGAGGCGCCGGCGGUGCGGGUUCGGAUCCGGGCGGGGAGAUGAACCUGGGGCCAUGAGAGAUGAAUUGAUGACUUACUCAAGUCACACAGCUAAAUAAGUAGCAGAGCUGGGAUUAGAACUCAGGUUUCCUGCUUUCCAAGAUUGUUAAAAUGAGUCUGCGGAAGCAAACCCCUAGUGACUUCUUAAAGCAAAUCAUCGGACGGCCAGUUGUAGUAAAAUUAAAUUCUGGAGUAGAUUAUCGAGGAGUCCUGGCUUGCCUGGACGGCUACAUGAACAUAGCCUUGGAACAGACAGAGGAGUAUGUCAAUGGACAGCUCAAGAAUAAGUACGGGGAUGCAUUUAUCCGAGGAAACAAUGUGUUGUACAUCAGCACCCAGAAGAGAAGGAUGUGAAGGCACCAGGAAGCAGCUGUUUCAUAUUUAGACAUAUUUUUUAUGAAAUGUUUUUCUAUUUUGGGGGGUUCUUUUGUGAUAUAAUUUGUCCAGUUUUCAUAAUAGUUGGUGAUUUUUUCACUGACAUGAGUAAGAGAGAGACAAAAUUAUGAUUGAUUUGUAAAGAAUUGCUCACUUAAGUUUCAUUUUCUUUUACAUGUGUGUCAAUAUACAAAAUGCUAAAAGAAUUAAAAGAAGUAUCAAAACCUA